AUGCCGUUCGUCCCCUACCACAACUCCGCCGGUCAAACUAAGAUCGUCAAGUUCGGAGGUCUUCUGACCACUGAAUUCCUCGAGCCCCCACCAGGAAGAUGUUUUCUUUUUCGCCAAACCUACCGGCACAACGUGGAAGGCGCCAUCCCGGAGAAUUUGCGCCAACUGAUUAACGGCCCUGACCGACCCAAAGGUCCACCGCCCCACUUCCAUCAGUUCCAAACCGAGUACUUCCGCGUGGAGUCUGGGGUCAUGGGCAUCAAUGUCGAUGGAGAGGUGAAAAGAGUCACAGCUGAAGACGGCGAAGUGUCCGUUAAAGCUGGCAGUAUCCACAAUUUCUUCAUUCACCCUGAUUCUGAGGAGAGCAUGACUGUCUACCUGAGUGCCUCAGACUCUGGAAUGGAUUAUCAGCUGGACCGUAUCUUCUUUGAGAAUUGGUACGGAUACUGGCACGAUGCUUUAUUGCAUGAUGGCGGGCUGGAUUGGAUUCAAUUCCUUGCUAUCCAAGACGGCGGAGAUGCAUACACUCCUGCCCCUGCCUGGGUUCCUUUCCGCCGUCAAGUCGGCUACUGGACCUGCGUUGUCGUCGGUCGCUGGAUAGGCGGCUUUCUCGGUUACAAGCCCUUCUUCAAAGAGUACACGACCGAUUGGGACUUUGCCGUCGCCAAGAUGAAGGGCUCAGCCUUCCAGCGUCAUCUAGUGCACGACGCAUUCGCAGCGGAGAAGACUUGGCCCAAGCAGGUCGCCUUGGAGGCCUCUUCUACUCCGGAGAAUGCCGAGUUUGAACCGUGGGUCCAGGAUAUGUCGCCUAAGCCGCUGGAGUUGCCGACGCCAAAGUAUAAUGCUGGUGUUUAUGUGGAGAAUGUGCAAAAUGGCACCAAUGGUAUCAAUGGUCACUUAAAUGGCACCAAUGGCCAUGCUCAGGGCAUCAAUGGCCAAGGCACCAAUGGUCACCCUAAUGGUCACACCAACGGUUUUACCGACGGUCACACCAACGGUCAUACUAAUGGGUACACCAACGGUGCUUACGGUACCAACGGCUCUAAUGGGGUCACUGGGGAGGCGACUGGUGCUGACUGGGAGAUUGGAGCCAUGCUCAAGAAACGCGUUCCACUUGGAAUUCAUUAA